AGAAAUCGUUGUCAUCUGGUACAGGUGAAGUCCGAAAAAACACUUAGUAUGUACAUGCUCAGUUGAAUUGUCCCAGUCUCUCAUCCGUAUAUCACGGAAGGAAUUAUCACCGAUUGAAAAUAAGUGCACCGCACAAAGAGCUGCCAGAGAUUUCGACUACGAUAUCAGGAUAAUGGCGGGGCGCUUUUUGUUCUCAGCUGGUCUGUUGGUCGCUGUAAUCGCACUGAGCUGUGGAGUGGAGAGCAUUCGUCUGGAACCUUUCAAGGGUGAUGUGACAGCUGCAGCUGCGCAAUCGUUGCUUCAUGCGAAAGACCGCAGGCUCGCAGGAGACCCUUCGUCGUCUGAAGAGGACGCGGUCUGCUACGAGGGAUGUCUGUUGCCCCCCGUGGACGAUCCAUCUGCCGCGCCGUUGCCUCAGCUCCUCCUAGGCAGCACGACACCCGUGGCCCUUCUCGACUGCUACAACGCAGCCGUUCAAGCCGGUCUCUCGAAUUUCGCGAUCUUCAACGUUACCAGCUGUUAUGGUGGCAGCACGGCUGUUCUCGGAUGGGCUCUUGAUGGCGAAGGUUGCCCUAUUGAAUGCAAAGAAAAUGGCACUGCGCCGUACAUCUGCGGCGGCGUUAACAAAGCUUCCGUCUUCAGCGUGGGAUACUGCCCUCGUCUGAACGUGCCGUGCCCACCGCCAUCGUCUUCGCCGCCACCACCCCCGCCAGUUUUCACAUGCCGUGACAACACAUCUCUCUACGGGGUAGACCUCUCCAAGAUCCAUCUGAGCUCCAAGAAGAGCGCGGCUGCUAACAUUGAGGAGUGCCGGGGCUAUUGUCUGGCAGAUCCCCGGUGCCAAGGCUUUUUUUACAAGACCACCAACUACUGCUAUCUGAUGUCCCAAGUUUCGGGGUUCAAGCAGUACGGCACAUCAGUCAAGGCCUGCCGCCUCUAAAAUUGAAUUAUCCUUAAACAAGGAAUCAUGCAAUCCUCCACAAGCGUUUUAUCCGAUUCAUUGCUUUUGUUGGAUCAACUAAUGAUAGUGAGUUUCCUGGAUUUCCCAAGGCAGUUCAUUUGUCUUUGUUUUGGAGGAAUGAUCGGUAGACGGAAUGAUCGGUAAGAGCAAGAGCAUCUGUAGACGAGUGUAGCUGCGGGCUAGGCUCUCAGCACGCGAAUCAACGCCGACGGCGGCGAAAUGCUAGAACGGCUAGAACGCCCAGUACCCGAAGUACCGGCAAUGUGUGAGGUUCCAACAAUAUAUAAACCAUAUAAACUCCAUUUGACAUAGAUUUCUAUGACACAAAUAGACCUUUCCAUAACUAAUGAAUAUGCUAUUGAUGGCAAAUGACGCAUCGACGUCGAUGUCCACAUUGCUAAUCUACUUGGGUGUUUCCGCUAAGGAUUAACACCACGGAUUAGGGCACGGAAGUCCUUGGUAGGAUCUAACCGAAUAGGUCGCUCCAUAUGGGGGCCAACGAAAGGUAAGUUUCGCCAACAACUUUGCCGUUUAGGCUGGUAUCAAUGGAGAACAGAGGGCUAAAUAGACUCAAAUCGGGAUGUUAAUCCUUUGUGGAAACACCCCCUUUAGUGUGAUCUCUGGGGUUGGAUUUUUUUCAUCUGUAGUUGUUUCUGAUUGCGGUUGUUGGAUCCUGCGAGCGUUGUGUAUCCGUUGCUGUAUCUUUGUGCGUUAUUGCGGAUUGUGAUAGUUACUCCGUGCAGUUGCAGUUGCAGCUGAAAUCAGGUUCUGAGAAUCUUAUUUUUGCAUGGGUGGCACAUCAUGCAUCGCCAGGGGGGCUUUCGCAGACAUUGACAGCGACAUGUACGGCAGUACGGUUAAUGACAGUUCGGCUGUUGUGGUCCAAUUUGGCUCUUGCAUACUUGCAUUUGACAGGCAGGGGGAGUGCACGGCUAACGGACGGAGGGUAGUUAGGUCACCUGUUGUUUUCAUAUCAUCGCAUCUACCAGUGGAAACAACAACCGCCACUGCCCAAUCUCCCUUCUGCCGUCCGAAGAAUUUUGUACGCAGAUGUCCGCAAAUUUUAUAUAAACGAAGCACAACAAGCAAACAGCAGCAUGACCUGUAAUUGUAACCUAUGGCAAGGUCA